AUGCCGCUCAGUGUUGCUAAUCCACCGGUAAAACCCAAGAAGAUAACCUCUCGUAGAAGGAGAAGCAGGGAGGUUCUGCAAGGUUCUCCAAGGUUCUCCGAGGUUCUUCAAGGUUCACCGAGGUUCUUCAAGGUAAUCCAAGGUUCUUCAAGGUUCUUCGAGGUUCUUCAAGGUUCACCGAGGUUCUUCAAGGUAAUCCAAGGUUCUUCAAGGUUCUUCGAGGUUCUUCAAGGUUCUCCGAGGUUCUCCAAAGUUCUUCAAGGUUCUCCGAGGUUCUCCAAAGUUCUCCGAGGUUCUCCAAAGUUCUCCGAGGUUCUCCAAAGUUCUUCAAGGUUCUCCGAGGUUCUCCAAGGUUCUCCGAGGUUCUAUAAGGUUCUCAGAGGUUCUCCAAGGUUCUCCGAGGUUCUCCAAGGUCUCCGAGGUUCUCCAAAGUUCUCCGAGGUUCUCCAAAGUUCUCCGAGGUUUUCCAAAGUUCUUCAAGGUUCUCCGAGGUUCUCCAAAGUUCUCCAAGGUUCUCCGAGGUUCUCCAAGGUUCUCCGAGGUUCUCCGAGGUUCUCCAAGGUUCUCCGAGGUUCUCCGAGGUUCUCCAAGGUUCUCCGAGGUUCUCCAAGGUUCUCCGAGGUUCUCCAAGGUUCUCCGAGGUUCUCCAAGGUUUUUCAAGGUUCUCCGAGGUUCACCGAGGUUCUUCAAGGUUCUCCGAGGUUCUCCAAGGUUCUGCAAGGUUCUUUAAAGUUCUUCAAGGUUCUUCGAGGUUCUCCAAGGUUCUUCGAGGUUCUCCAAGGUUCUUCAAGGUUCUCCAAGGUUCUUCGAGGUUCUCCAAGGUUCUUCAAGGUUCUCCAAGGUUCUCCGAGGUUCUCCAAGGUUCUCCAAGGUUCUCCGAGGUUCUCCAAGGUUCUUCAAGGUUCUCCAAGGUUCUCCAAGGUUCUGCAAGGUUCUCCGAGGUUCGCCAAGGUUCUACGAGGUUCUCCAAGGUUCUGCAAGGUUCUCCGAGGUUCUCCAAGGUUCUCCAAAGUUCUCCGAGGUUCUCCAAAGUUCUCCGAGGUUCUCCAAGGUUCUCCGAGGUUCUCCGAGGUUCUCCAAAGUUCUCCGAGGUUCUCCAAGGUUCUUCAAGGUUCUCCGAGGUUCUUAAAGGUUCUCCGAGGUUCUUAAAGGUUCUCCGAGGUUCUGCAAGGUUCUUCGAGGUUCUCCAAGGUUCUUCGAGGUUCUCCAAGGUUCUUCGAGGUUCUCCAAGGUUCUCCGAGGUUCUCCAAGGUUCUGCAAGGUUCUCCGAGGUUCUCCAAGGUUAUGCAAGGUUCUCCGAGGUUCGCCAAGGUAUUCUCCCGGCCGCCGGUGUUGCUGGGUCAGAACCUCUCUUCUCCGAGGUUCUCAAGUUCUCCGAGGUUCUCCAAGUUCUGCAAGGUUCUCCAAGUUCUCCGAGGUUCUCCAAGGUUCUCAAGGUUCUUCAAGGUCUCCAAGUUCUCCAAGUUCUCCAAGGUUCUGCAAGGUUCUCCGAGGUUCGCCAAGUAUUCUCCCGCCGCCGGUGUUGCUGGUUCUUCAAGGUUCUUUAAAGUUCUUCGAGGUUCUCAAGGUUCUCCGAGGUUCUCCAAGGUUCUCCAAGGUUCUCCAAGGUUCUCCAAGGUUCUCCAAAGUUCUCCGAGGUUCUCCAAAGUUCUCCGAGGUUCUCCAAGGUUCUCCGAGGUUCUUCAAGGUUCUCCGAGGUUCUUUAAGGUUCUCCGAGGUUCUUAAAGGUUCUCCGAGGUUCUUCAAGGUUCUUCGAGGUUCUCCAAGGUUCUUCGAGGUUCUCCAAGGUUCUUCGAGGUUCUCCAAGGUUCUCCGAGGUUCUCCAAGGUUCUGCAAGGUUCUCCGAGGUUCUCCAAGGUUAUGCAAGGUUCUCCGAGGUUCGCCAAGAAGCAGGGAGGUUCUCCGAGGUUCUCCAAAGUUCUCCGAGGUUCUCCAAGGUUCACCGAGGUUCUUCAAGGUUCUCCAAGGUUCUCCAAGGUUCUUCAAGGUUCUCCAAGGUUCUCCGAGGUUCUCCAAGGUUCUCCAAGGUUCUUCAAGGUUCUCCAAGGUUCUCCAAGGUUCUUCAAGGUUCUCCAAGGUUCUGCAAGGUUCUCCGAGGUUCGCCAAGGUUCUACAAGGUUCCCUAAGGUUCUUCAAGGUUCUCUGAGGUUCUCUAAGGUUCUUCAGGGUUCUCCGAGGUUCUCCAAGGUUCUCCAAAGUGUUGCUGGGUUAGAACCUCUCGAACGAAGGAGAGGAAAAGCAUAG